GCGGAUCCGCUCCCCCAACUCUAAAAUUUUCACUGUACCCACAAGGUUUUAUCUCACCGACGGAGUUGCGAUCGUCUUCAUUACAGUCGGCAGAGGACAGAAAAUAAACAAAAUCUUCGGCAACAGCUUGUUUAACUGCGUAACCAGAGGCUUUUAGAAUUGAUAGUUGGAGUCUUUGAAACCACUAAUCUCAAUGUCAGCUCUCCCUGAGGAGCUAUGGAGGCGAAUUUUAGAAAUCGGUGUUCAAAGACGCGGCUUUAGCUACAAAGACCUCUGCUGUCUAUCAAUCUCCUCCAGGCGCCUCCACCGAUUAUCCGAUGAAGACUUUCUCUGGUCCCACCUCCUCUCCUCUGAUUUCCCGCCUUUCUUUUCCCCUUCUUCUUCCUCAAUUACCUCCGCGCAUUCAUCAACUUGUAAAUCCCUAUACAAAGUCAGGUAUGAAAGGGAUAGGGAUAAGAAAAUAGCGGCACAUCGGAGAGCGGUGUUGAGGAAGGAGAGUCAGGUUUUAGAACGUUCUAUGAGGCUCCGAGACAUGGAGACCCGAUUGGCUGAAGAGACUAACAAAAUGCGAGAAACUCUUGCUGAGCUCUCAAAUUUGAGCAAUGUCAGGCAAGCUUCAGUAGCAUUGAAUGUAUGGCAGCCAGAGAUCAUCCGGGGUAGACAAAAACAAAUAGUAGAGCAAUGUGUUGUACCUGUUGAGUCUCGGUUCCAUGUACUUCAAAUGGAGCUCAAGCUCUGCAAGCAGCAGAUUUUAGGGUUAGAAAAGGCCCAUAUAGAUGAGAAACGAAGGCUUGCUUUGGUGGAAGAAGAGUUGCAAUCAAUGAGAUAUCACCCUUUAAGAGACCAAAAGCCAAUUAAUGGCAGGGAGGUUGAAUUUAACAUCAAGAGAAAAAAGUUGAAAAAAUGGAGAGAACCUUAGAUGGGAGAUUUCCUUAAUCAACUGACUGCAUGGCAUGCUUCUUGUGUCAGUAAUGCCAUCCAUUUCUGCUACUGGUAUGUGCUAUGGUCAAGGUUUAUUUCAAUGACGAGUGCAUAGAAUGCUUCAUGAUGAGCGACUGAACUGGUUGACGGGUGGCUCUGAUUAGCGUUGCAGCAGGAGAAUUCAUAUUGUAUAACUAAUUGAUGAGGAUUUCUUGGGAAGAAAACAUAUGUGAAUAUUACCAUUCAGCUCAAAAGAGGGGGAGAGUUGGAUACCAAGGAAUGCCAAACUUCUAGAGAAUAAAUGCUGAAAUAUGCAAUUGAAGUGAGCUGAAUUCUCUGCGAUGGCCUGAGCCUCCUUCAACAGUUCCUUGUUUCAAGAUAGUUAUAUCUAGGCAUGGCAUGGUCCGGUUCAGCUAGGUUCUCAGCCAAAACCGGAAUCAAAAUUGAUACUGUUCAUCUGGUUCGGUCUGGUUUGGGUUUUAAGUAAAAUGCCAAAGAAAAUCGGACCAACCUAGAUCGGUUUAGGUUUGGUUCUGUUCCAGUUUUCAUGGUUUGGAUUGGCUCUUUAGCCUAAUUGAUAUUUUUACAAAAAGUAAUGGAGCAAUUCGACGAAUCUGUACAGCAAAAACCAGAUCUGAACCUUCUCAGCCAAAAGAUACU